CGCCGUGUUGUUCUUUUUGUUAUUUUAGUAACUGCUAAGCAGUUGUUAAGGGUUUUGUUCCCCCUCUUUUUUUUUUUUAUCUCACUUUCCAUUUUAAAUUUAAAUUGUGGUGGAUUUUGUAGUUUUGUUUUGUUGUGGACUUGUGGGGGGUAAAAUAGGGGUUUUUAUAUUUUGGUGUUCCCCUCUAGUUGCCUUAUAUAAUAGAGAUCCUAGAGAACCCAAUUGUUUCUUCUCCUUGGAAGCUCGACUCGCCGGUUUUCAUCUCUCAUAGGAGUCCGGAACGCCGGAUGAACUAGCCUAGCGUUGACGUAAAGAAAACAAGCAGAUGACAAGUUGUGGCAGCAGAGCGAUGGUUACAUUAAGAGCAGGAACAACCAUGUUAGCUGGUAGUACAAGAACUAGCACCUUCCCUAGUUUGCUCUUAUUGAAGAGAGAAAAACGCAAUUGCUCCAUUAAAUCGUCUUCUCUUGACCCUCCUGAUGUGGGUCGUUUGGCUGAAACCGCCCGUAUCUCUCUGACUCCUCAGGAGGUUCAGGAUUUUGGUCCAAAAAUUCAUCAAGUUGUUGAGUGGUUUGGACAACUUCAAGCUGUAAAUCUUGAAAGCGUUGAGCCAGCCCUUCGUUCAGAUAUUGAUGGUGACAAUUUGAGGGAAGACACGCCUCGAACAUUUGAGAAUAGAGAAGCUAUUAUAGCUGCAAUUCCGAGCUAUGAGGAACCAUAUAUCAAGGUGCCCAAAGUCUUGAACAAAGAGUAACAACACCUAGGUUCUCGUAUCCAAAUACUCUGCAGCUGUUCUAGGAUACCUAGGCAGAAACAUGCACGGGAAGAGUAGCCUGAACUUGUUGCUACUGGUGUUGCUACUGGUGCAUGAGCAGUCUGCUUGUUUGAACAACAUGUUAUUUCGCUCUGAUUUAUUUCACAAGAAUAGAAAGCCAUGAAAUCCUAGAUCUUGUACUUAGAUUGUUUCCUUGAUGUCAAUCAUCAUGGUAUUCUUGGGUUUGUUUCUUUCAUCAUGAUAUACUUGGUCUCGUUUCUUUCAUCAUGGUAUACACAAAUUUAUUUACUUUCA